CCUCCCACCCCACAUCUUUGGUCUCUUAGCAACUGUAUUGUAAACUAUCAACAUCGAUGUGAUGUUGUUUUCUAUGCUGCUGCCAGUAAUGUGGCUAGUGCGAUUCGAUUUGCUUUAUUUAGGUGCUGUUUAAGUUCAGAAGAGCUAUGUUGUUUUCCUUUAGGCCUAACGUUAUGUUUUCUUGAUAAAAUGUGUUACCCGCAUGGAAUCUGUAUCUUUUUGUAGCUAACGUUAAUAUGUCUGCAGAGGUGGCCAUACAGCCCCUGGAGGAUGUUAGCACCCAAAUGAUGUGCUCCAGUCUCCAACCCAGUCCACAGCCCCGGGCCAAAGUGCUCAGGGAGGACCUCCUAAAGAUCCUGGACCCUUCACGGAAGAAGCUGUCAUCUUUGGAGACGCAGCGCAUCGCAGGGGUGCUGGAAGACUGCAUCGCCAGGGUGGAGACGGUAGCCGUGCUGCCGGCUGUGCUGGCCCGCCUAGGAGGGCUGUCUGUGGGAUUGGGGUUGGAGUUGGAGGGGGCCUUACAGGAGCACCAGCACCUUGGAGAGAGGCUGGAGGGCCUGGGGCAGAAGCUGGUUGAGGGGGAGGCAGGGGAGAGAGCGAGAGCAGAGUUAGAAAGGGCCAUCCCCAGCUCACUGAGGAACGUGCUCAGACUGCUGAGAGCUCAUCCAGCCGCCACCCGUGCCCUGAGGAGUGAGGCAGAGUUAGGGGGGCAGGGGGUGAGUGAAGGGGUGCGAGGGCUGGUAGGGGGGCUGCAGGAGUUGCGGGGGGUGCUGUUAGAGAAACUGCUCACCAGCCCUGCCGAGGAACGUCAAAGAACACGCUACAUGCAGGAGGUUUCGCUGCGCCAUGGCAACAACAUGGAGCUGGUUGCUACACUGGAGGCGGAAGUCGCUGCCGCCAUCAAAGACAGAGAUGCUGAGACCUCUAAAAAAAAUGAGGUGAUCAGGAAGUUGAAGAGCUCUCUGCACCGGAUGGAGAAGAUCUCUGAGGACUUUGUGUUGCGGACACAGCAGGAUGCCGACAAGCAGAACCAAUCAGACGCUAAGACCUCAGAGGGGAGGCGGGCCCGCAUGCAGCAGGAAGCCAAUCAACUGAGAGUUCAGCUUAACAACCUGAUUUCUGAGAACCGCGAGGUAGAAACUUCGCUCCGCAAGAAAAAAUAUAAAGUGGAGACAGAAAUAGAGAACUGGAUCCUGAAGUAUGAUGCUGAUAUGGGAGAGAAACAGUUUGAGCUGGAGGACAUGACAAGGCUCUAUGAGGAGGAGAAGGAGGAGCUGAGAGAGCUAGAAGAGGCGUAUGCUGUCCUGGAGCAGGAGUUCAGUCAGAUCCAGGAGGAGCGGCGUUUGGCCGAGGAGAGGAGGGAGGAGGAGCAGAAAGAGCUGGAAAAGAAGAGCCGUGCCACCACCAUUAUCCAGGCUUACUGGAGGGGCCACCGUGUCCGCAAGGCCAUGAGGGGGAAGGGCAAGAAGGGUAGCAAGGGCAAGAAGGGCAAAGGCAAGAAGGGCAAAUAACAGCAGCGGCCCUGUGGAAAACUCGGCCAGACCAGGACAGUCCAUUAUUCCAGCAUGGUUUUUAUAUUUGUGGGAAAGAUGUGGCAGCUCUCCAAAAACACGUCAAUUUUCCUUUUCUCC